GAGGAGCACGACCCAAAAAUAAACAAGAACCCACGAAAGCCAUGUCGGCCAUGUGCUGAUUGCCCUCUACGAGCAUUCCUACAAAUCGCACGUUUACCCUCCUGUUAUACCACAGUAGACGUCAGAUUAUAAUCGUCAUCCUGUUCGGUAGCUACUUCUACUUUCUACUUCAUUAUUUAGUACAGUACAAACCAACUAAAAGGAUGCUGACCUUAUGGAAGUGUUUUUCCACGAGAAGCUUGUCAUCAUGGCACGUCGCCUUUCGGCGCAGCUCUCGAACGAACAAAUGCAAGCUCCUAAUGAAACAAACACCUCAAACAUUGGACGGACGCGGUACUUCACCGUGCCAGACAAGACACCUGACCGGCCACGCCUCUUUUACGAUUGACAACAUCGCGGAAGUUAUCAAGCACAGCGAUACAUCCAGAGUGUUGGUCAUGGCGGGGGCGGGAAUCAGCACUGCGAGCGGAAUUCAGGAUUUCAGGACUCCUGGAUCGGGGCUCUAUUACAAUCUGCAAAAGUAUCACCUGCCCUACCCAGAAGCAAUCUUCGAGCUGGAUUUUUUCUUCACAAACCCAAAGCCCUUCUUUGAGUAUGCCCGAGAGCUGGUGCCUGGGAAGUAUGCACCCAACGCCGCACACUUCCUCCCAGCACUGCUACACAGGAAGGACAAGCUGCUUCGCAUGUACACCCAGAACAUCGACAGCUUGGAACGCCUGGCUGGCAUUCCCGACGAAAAGUUGGUAGAGGCGCACGGAACGUUUUCGACUGCCACAUGCACCAUUUGCAGUGCCCGCCACACGUUGGAGGACAUUAAGAAAGAAAUCGACGAGGGGACCGUUCCGAGGUGUCGAGAACACGGGUGCAAGGGUGUCAUCAAGCCAGAUAUCGUGUUCUUUGGAGAGGCCCUUCCCGACCGCUUCUACAUGUACGCGCAAGACGUCUCCGAGACACAAGUUCUCAUCGUGAUGGGAACAUCGCUCGAAGUUAUGCCUUUCGCGGGCAUGGCAGAUGAAGUUCCUUCGGACGUUCCAAGACUACUUAUGAACAACGACCGUGUCGGGUCUUUUGGCAUAAGGGCAAAGGACGUUAUGCAGACGGGUGACAUCGUUGCUUCGGUUGAAGACCUGGUGGCGAGGAUGGGCUGGGAGGAAGACUUCAAAAGGCUACGUGCAGAAUGGACCUUACGCAUGCCCGACGAGAGAACUAAAUAUUGCUGACUUUUGACGAUGGUAGGGCUUUGCAGUAGACACCGCAUAGUCUCUCUACGGGGCGUUUAAUUUUCACUUGAACAGAUUUUUUUUAAAAGGGGGGCGUGAGAGCGUUGGACAAGUGCCGUCUUCACCAUGCAUUUAUCACAGAUUUAUCAUUAGGGGAGGGGGUAAUCGUCACGAUAAGUUGACUAAUCAGCUAAAAUUUAUUCACUUCUUAACUAUUGGUUUUAGGUAGAGUGAACUAGAAAGAAUGAGUGGGGCCAUUGGAGCACAGAGGGCACUACAAGUGAAGUGGCUUGGAUUUGCACAAACAAAAAGUAAACAAGCGCUACAAUAUAAGCUCUUCACAAAACGAGCAAAUAAUUGUUAACACAAUGUAUUUCAUUUUUUUACGAAAAAAGUGUUGCAUUCUAACGCCGUGCUCGAGCGGCACACAGGUCAAGGUCAUAGAAACAAUGGAGCCCUAGGCUAUUUUGUAUGCAACCUAGAUGUCCGGCAUCAUUUCAAUACAUAAUGUCACCACGACCCGACGUGUCGUCACAAUGACGCUUUGAUGUCAGCGUCGUCAUCGAUGUUGACAACGCGCGUUACACGACAUAAGACUGCAUUCUGACGUCAUAUCGCGUUGACAACGCGCGUUACAUGACAUCAAGACUGCGUUCCGGUCAUAUUGCGUUGCCAACAACUUCGAUGUCAAUGUUGACGACAUCACGCGACAGCAAGAUAAUUAAUGGUGUCCUUGUCAUCAGCGCAACGUCAUAAAGAUGCUUGGCAUCAGGUUGUCGACGUCAUUGUCGACAAGACACAACUAGACGUCACGACAACCUAACGACAACGACGUUACAUGGCAUCAAGACUUCGUCGUGACGGCGCAUCAACGUUGAUGUUGGCAACGACGUUACACAACGUCAAGGCUUCGUUGUGAAGUCGUGUUGACAUCUAUGUUGACGAUGACGUCGGGACGGAAUUAAAGUGACGUCAUAGCAACAUUUGACAUUGCGUGGUGUGUCGGCGUCGUCUUCGACGUGGGUUUUCGUCACGACCGCAUUACAGCGGCAACUUGAUGUCGCAUAACAGCGUCGUCCUCAACGCGACGUCGAACAACGACAUCACGACGAAAAUCCAGGGUAAGCAAGCCACUUUGAGCGCAACGCCACCACGCCAACUUUCCACAUUCUGAGCUUCAAUUGAAAGCAUGAGCAGAGCCUGUAGCUCGCCCCACUCAAUUAUUUCUAAUUCACUGUAAUUUAAGGUCAUGUUGCAAUUGCAGUAUUGAUGGCAAUUGCAAUUAGUUCAGACCAGUUGAAAAGAUUUGCAAAAAUUGAAUGAUUUUUAAGAUAUUGCUCGACAAAUUUUCAUUUUUUUAGUCAGUGUGACGUAGUUGUUUCAGUCACAUUCUCUCUUGUGUUGUCUGCAAACCCACAAACGAUUUGUUGCUGAAUUAGUAGUGCCGACAUGAUGGAAACAAUUACAUCGUUCUUCUAAGCAUCAUUGUGGGCAGGCAUGCUUCUUUUGCGCACUGUUCAAAUUGGAUUAAAAAAUGUGCAAAUUUAUUACCUAAAAACUACAUUAUUGUAAAUUCUUUCCAGUGGUCUGGCCUAAUAGUAACUUCUGUCAAUAAUGCAUUUGCAACAUGACUCCUAAAACUAACAAAAGGUUAAUUAAGGGAUUCAGAUCAAUUAUUCUACUUUCCAUAAUGAUUAUACCCUCAUUUAUUGUCCCCCGAGCGUGAUAAAUAAAUGAAGAUGCCACUCGUCCAACUCUCACCCUUUUCCUCAAAAAUAUCUUGAAUUAAAAUUAAACAUCCCAUAUAAGGAUGCAUAUUGUAUGAUUGAUACGGACCUACUAAUGUAAUGGGCUAUAAAAUAUUUGGGCAAUAAACGAGGACAAUAUAUAUUUUCCAACA